AUAUUUCGCUCGUUACUAAUUAUACCAUACGCAACCAAACAAACCCAAUCCUACGGCGGCAAUAAACUCGCGCCUCUCCACAACCACUACCCGCGGCCGAGGCAGCGGCGUACCGUCCCGACUCCACCCGACUGGACCGGCCAGCGCCAUCGCCCUCUUCUCUUCUUCGCCCUAACAAUCUCGCCAUCAGCCCGGCGCCGACGCCGACGCCGACGCCAACGCCGGGAGCGGAGCGGCAACCGCUCCCCAUCCCCGACGCUCCCAUAAAUCGCGCCCUCCCACCCCCGGGGCUGCGCUGGCCCAGCUCGUGAUCCCCAUGGCUUCGCUCUCCGUCCCGCCCACGCUACCGCGGGCCUCGCCCGCCUCGGCGACGGUGGCGGUGAAGGGGAGGAGGGCCGCGGUGCGAGUGCGCACUGCCGCCGCGGCAUUGGGCGGCGGCGGCGGAAUGGAGCAGCACCACGCGGACGCCCCGCGCGGCCCAGUGAAGGAGAAGCCUGUCAUGUCAAACAUUGGCAAAUCAACGAAUAUUCUAUGGCAUAAUUGCCCGAUUGGACAAUCUGAUAGGCAGAAAUUGCUGGGACAAAAAGGAUGUGUCAUAUGGAUCACAGGACUCAGUGGAUCAGGGAAAAGUACUCUUGCAUGUGCACUGAGUCGGGAGUUGCAUUACAGAGGCCACCUCACGUAUGUCCUUGAUGGUGACAACCUCAGACAUGGCCUAAAUCGAGAUUUGAGCUUUAAGGCUGAAGACCGUGCAGAAAACAUACGAAGAGUUGGAGAAGUGGCAAAACUUUUUGCGGAUGCUGGUAUCAUAUGCAUUGCUAGCUUGAUAUCUCCAUAUAGGAGAGAUCGUGAUGCAUGCCGUGCUCUACUUCCGGAUUCUAAAUUUAUUGAAGUAUUUAUGGAUUUGCCGCUAAAAGUUUGUGAAGCCCGUGAUCCUAAAGGUCUAUACAAGCUUGCACGCGCGGGAAAGAUUAAAGGUUUCACUGGAAUCGAUGAUCCAUACGAACCUCCGGUGAAUGGUGAGAUAGUAAUUAAGAUGAAAGAUGGGGAAUGCCCUUCACCCAAAGCAAUGGCCAAGCAAGUCCUAUGCUACCUUGAGGAGAACGGAUAUUUGCAUGCUUAGCACAUGUCAGAAGAUUGAUCUGAUUCUUGUGUGUCCAUUGCUCGUGGACACACGUAUGAUCCAUUGGUCCAGAAUAAGAGGCAUCAACAUGCAGCAAGCAACAGAAGUGCCCUUCAUUCGUUCGUAUUGUGUAUUGUACUAGUGAUACCUUCAUUCAGAAAGGGAUAUGGAUUCAUUCGAUUUAUUGUUGAUGGUACUUGUGUAUUGUGCUAGUGUAGCUGCAAUUUGUUGCUUCAAGCAUGCAUUUCGGUUAAAAGAGUGCAUGAGUUGUGUUUUUUGUGUGCUUUCUCGCACGCCAGUGGUAUCUAUUGUUGGUGAUGUAUUUGAUUUGUAAAUACGAAUAUAUUGUGCAAAUUUAAACGGUACCUGUUUGUACUGAAUAAAAAUUAGAGAAAAAUCCUGACA